UUUCCAGAUCCUCCACAGCUUACUUUGGUAUUUGGUGCUAGCUUACAGUACGAGCAUAUAAGAGAAGGCAGUGACGUUUACUUCGAAUGUAACAUUCAGGCCAAUCCACCCAUUUCAGAAGUACGAUGGAAAUUCCAGUCCCGCAGUUUGGUGCAUGAACCUCUCAACGGCAUCAUAGUUAAAAAUCAUUCCCUCCUUCUGCACAACGUGAGCCGCAGAAACAGAGGCACUUACCAGUGCGUGGCAACCAACAGUCGAGGUAGAGGCAAGAGCGAAGAAGUCUUUCUGAGAAUACAACACUCUCCAGUAUGUGCUUCCCGUCAGCAACGGAUUUAUCCCAUUGUCUACCAAGGAAAGAGUAACAUCUCUUGUUCAGUGGACGCAGAUCCUGAGAAAGUGUCCUUCAGGUGGACUCUGAAUGGCAGCGUGGUCAGGGAAUUAGGAGGAGCUUCGGUGGUCGAAACAGCCGGAGGAGCAAGAAGCGUCAUCGAAUAUCAGCCCACGACAAAGAUGGAUUACGGAUUCGUGUACUGUCACGCGAAGAACUCCAUCGGAGAUAUGAGAGAACCUUGUGUAUUCAACGUCGUUCCUACAGGACCAUCUCCUCCUUUGUUAAAUUGCACGAUCAUAAAUCAAACACUAAAUUCCCUCACUGUGACUUGUGAAUCCAGCGAGAUUCUUAAGCAGCAACUGUACCAUCUCGAGAUUUACAACACAAAAGGAAAGAAAAUGCUUUUUAAUCUCACAUCCAAAGAAGAGCCAACCUUUACUGCUCAUGGUUUGCCAUCAGGAUCCACUUUCAUACUCGCUUUGUACACAUCCAGCUCUAAAGGUCGAAGUGAAACAGUUGCACUUACUGCAUCUACAAUGGUUUCUUCAGAAAGGAAAGAGGACGAUGAAAAUGGAGGAAUGGUGAGUGCGGUCGUAUUAGUGUGUUUAGCUACACUUGGGACCUUGGCCUUACUAGCAGUUGCAGCAGCAGUUGCCGUGCUCAGAAACAAAGCAGAAAAUGUGUCACAUGAAGCGCCGACAGUCAGUACAGAAAUGGCAGAAAAGUCGAGACCGAGACCGAAACAGGAAGUGGAAUCAGUGCCGAUCCUAGACCUACGGCCGCCCAAGUGCAUAUAAAAAUUGUCCGCCUUUUUUUACAGAAAUAUAAAUAUGUUGAUAAUCAUUUAA